CUGCACUGCUGACUGACUUGACGGCACAACACAAGCGGGCACCUCCUGCAGCCGAAGGCCUCGAAUUGACGCUCAGACCAGCCCCAAUCCCACUCAAACCAAGCAUCAGACACACUGUACAGUCUAGCACACGGCGCGGGUCACCAAGUCGGUCAAGUGUGACUUUCUUCAAUCCACCCAGCACAACCUUCCACACCCAAAUACCCUCCUUCCCCGAAAUCCAAGUUCUACGCCCAUCUUUAGGACGCGGCCGCAUCAUCCCACCAACAAAACACACAGACCCUUGAGUAAUCAACGGGUGUCACGAUCCUUACCCGACCGGCCGACCGACAUCUCGACUCACAAAGCCCACACGACGGGUCAAUCCGAGUUGUCGUCGAUCGACACAAACUCUCGACAAAAUCGAAAGAACAGGGGGAAAAGUAGAAGAGGAAAAAAAAAGAACGAAGAGGGACACAUGCAGAACUCGGUGGUCGUACUCCACGAACUACCAUCCUAUCCUGUCAUGCUUUGGCUCUGAGCCCUCAAAACCUCCUCCCGAAACCACAGGCUUCCCUUUGAAAUAUUUUACCUGGCUCAGAACACGGUCGACGUGUUACUGAGCCGGUAAAAGCAGCUGUAUGCCUCGCGCAUCCUCCUCGGCAAAGCGACAUCAGGGAGCCGCCAACCGCGACGCCAGCAGCCGUCACGACAAUGGCCUUGUAGGCCCCGGGAAGCGUAUCAGCAGCAAGCAGAGGAGCCAGAGCCUGCUCGAUGGUGGUGCCCCUCGCCAGUCGGUAAUCGAAAACUGCCCAAAUGCCGCCAAAGACAACAUCGAGAACGAUCAAUCGCGAUCGGGCUCGAGGCAGCAGAAUUCGCUUUCACCGGCUAGAAACGGCCACACCAACGGCAAGGCCAACGGCUACGUUAACGGCUAUGCAAACGGCAAUGGGAUCGGGCCCAAGCACCAGAAUGGACAGCAUCGCGACAUGACUCCUUCAGCCCCCACUAACGCUACGACCGGCGAGCUCAAACCCAACACGACUCUCUCGAGGCCUCCGACUGGCGCCAGCUCGGAAAGCAUCAUGUCGGUGGACCUGGAUACUCCUGCCAAUACCCAAGCGCAUCCUCACGUGUGCAACCCGGAGGAGAAUGCUCGCCGUAUCGAUGUCAACGCUGCCAAGAACGCCAACGUGCACCGCGAUACCGGCCCUCUGGAGUUCGCCUUGACGGUCCUGCGGUCUUGCCCCCUCUACGACACCAUAGCCAUUCUCAUCAUCCUCAUGCAGCUGUCUCCGAUUGCCCUCUCGCUGAUCUACGGCCUGUUCACGCUCCUGACCUUUGUCCCACCUGUUACCACCAGCUCGGGUCUAAGCAUCACCGACAUGUUUGAAGCGGCCAUUGGCACGCCUUCGAUAACGGUCUUGUUAUGCAUAGACUGCGUAUUCCUACUCGUAUGGAUAUUUUUGCCGGGGCUCCUGCAGAACUUUCUGCUCGACUUUGCCCAGGUUACUAUUGCCCUAACUCUGGGUGGCGGCGGGAGUUCCCGGCAAGGGUCGCUCAACACCUUUAUGCUCUGCACGAUUAUUGUCGGCCUUUCGCGUUUCGGACUACACUCGAACGUCUCGAGCUUUUCCCGAAUAACAACACUUCUCGGAGGAGAUGGCUGGGGAUCAUCUGAAUCCUCGGGAUCUCUAGGCACGUCCUCCUUUUCGACAUCGAAGAGGAAUGGGACGUAUGCCUGGAUACGAAGCGUUUUAGCCGUACAUAUAGUUAUGCAGGGCCUCGUUAAGUGUGUUCGCGAAUGGUAUUUAAGAAGAGAAAAAAGAGAUGCACAACCACAGAGUCAGCUGGAUCCCGAAGCCGGCAAGACUUUGUUUCCUGGAGAAUCGACAACCGAAGGGGCACACGGGCCUCAGACGGAAAGCGAGGCCAGCAGUUCGGCGGCCACGGGUGGCAACCCGGCGUCAACGGCGGUUUCGGUGUCGACAAAAAAGAAAAGGAAACAGAGUGCGCAGGUUCGGAUACGGCAGCCUCUGUGGGCAGCACUCGCAAGUACAAAAAUUGUUAUGGUAAAAGAAUACGAACUAUCAACAGCCGCGCGGGAAUCCGCCGGCUCAAACGCUACUGACAUUCACAAUCUCGGGAAUGCGCCUUUCAACACGCAACCUGGCCAGAUAUGGGUAUGCUAUGUCGGCAGUGACGAGAUUUGCUUUGCGACAAGCCACUUCCCCGACGACGCGGUCGAGGAAGAAGAACCGCAAGAGAACACAAGGCAUAGCACCUCGUGGGUCGACAGCAGCAAGCCAUUUUUCGUCAGAGUUAAUAAUGCCAUCUGGCAGCCGACGCGCAUAACGCGCAUGGAAGAGGAUGGUGAGGAAGGCAAGACACAGCCCGGGUCUCGCUGGACGGGUGACAUUUAUGGCCUGACGCCCAUGUCAAGCUAUGAAUGCGAGUUUGUCAGCACCCUUACCAACGAAGUCAUCUUCUCGACGAGCGUCAGAACGGCUCAGGUCCGGACCCGCGACGCCGACCAGUCGGCCGCCACGGCGCAGAUCACCACGCAUCGGGUGCUCUCCCGCAAGGACCCCGCCACGACGCUCAAGACUUCGAUUGCCAACCAGGAGGUGAAGCUUGCGGAGGAGAAGGUCAAGCUCAAGGGCCUCCGGAAAGAGAACAAUCGCAAGGUCAACCAGCUGCGCAAGGAAAUCGAGAAGCUGACCAACACGGUUCAGUCGUCGGGCAGCAACGACGAGAAGUGGCGACAGAAGAUCAACCAACACAACACACAGCAAGCCCAGGCAGAACAGUCUGUGCGAGAGCUCGAGAUGCAGAUCAAGGACAUGGAGACGGUACCUGAAGAGGUGCUUGAUCGGUAUCGUCAAAAGCAGGUGGAGUGGAACGCAGAGAAGAGCAAGUUCGACGCCGCUCGCUCGGCAUUCAAAAGCUUCAAGACAAACAUCGACCAGGGCCUGAAGCAGCUCGUCGCCGACCGGGACGCGCUGCAGAACAAGCGGAACAAGAUUGCGGCCCGCAUCGCCAAGCUCGACGACGAACAUGCGCGUAUCACGGACGCCAAUGCCCGCGGGCUCGACGAGGCCGAACGGAGAAGACAACAACGCGCGGCCUUUCUGGCAGACGUGGAGCGGACGGAAAAAUCCUUUGCCGAGACAAUUGGUGCGGUUAGGGCUUACAACCAUGAAAAGUCUCAGCAGGUCCACGCGCUGAGCGCGGCCCUGGCCGCCUAUUAUGAAACCGCGACGGCCGGCGCUCUCCCGUACGAUGGCAUGGGGUACAACCAAGCGGCAAUCAUGCAGGACCCGAGCUACCAGCAGAUGUGGGGAGCCACUCCGGCGCCGGCACCGGCUCAGUACAGUGUACCUUCAUCCCUGGCCAUGUCCAUGUGGCCAGCCGCAGCCUCGGCAGGGCCUCUUUCGCAGUCGAUUCUGUCGUCUCCUCCGCAUCCUUCGAAUGGUCUGCAGCACCACUACCCGGCAGUCACAUCAUCCCCUCAGCAGUUCAACCCCCAGGCAGCGAUUCAACAGCCCAGCUCGGCCAAGAAGCAGCGUCGCGGCAGAUCCAGCUCGAUGCUGUCUGACGUGUCGGGAUUUACGCAAUCCGACCACGGCAGCGACGAGGACCAGGGAACCAACGGAUACCAUCACCACGGCUACAGCUUCGGCAGUGGCGGCGGCGCAGGUUCGUCUUCGGGGACUCCUUUGCGCAUCCAACGUCCUCCGCCCGGUCUGUUUGAGCAGUUCCGUGCUUACCAUCGACGCAACGACACUGGAUCCGGUUCCGGGUCGGGCUGCGGCCUCGGUGGGUCCAACUCUGGUCCGGACUCGGGGGGCAACAGCAGCAGCGGCAGCGUGCGCAGUCGGGAAUCGGGAGAUUCCCUUGGCGCCGGCGAGCCCGUGAGCCCGAUCUAGAAGACGAGGCAUCUUUGGCGGGAUGUCGUGGUCGACGGGAACGUCUUGGGGAGAGUUUCUUCUUGUCCUAAUCCAUCUAAGCUUGGUGAUGGUGGCUGCAAUGACGAUGACGACAAAUCUGAGAACCGGGACGCUGCUGAUGGUCAUGGGCGAGUUGAGAUGAUGCGUGCCGCCAGCUGGGGAAUUGGGUCUUGGUCAUUAGAUUAGGCUUUUUUUUCCUGGCUACCUGAAGGACGUGGAUUAUUUCCACCGACACGGCACCUUUUGCAGUUUCAACUGCAUGAAUCGUGUUCAUCACCGUGGCUGUCAUGAGCGGGAGCAAUAUCUGCGCAGGGUUUGUCUGCCUAGUUGUUGUUGGGGCACUGUCUUGAUCUGUGGUUUGGUCUUGUCUUUGUUGUGUUGGUAUUCCCUACCGCCUUCAGAGUCUACAGCGCAGUAAGAGCACCAGAAAAGUUCGGUAAUUCUUUCAAUUUACUAUUCGCAGUUUUUGUUACCAGAUGCAUCCCUUGCCUCUCUGAGAUGAUGAAAUUUGUUUUCAGGUGACGAGAUGAGCUU